CCAACUCAGUUUGCCUCCCGCGUCACACCAUCAUUGCUCUAAACACCAUAAACCCUAAUUACCCGACUCGUUUCUGCAAUUUUUGUUCGGACGAUUUGGAGAGAGCAGCCGAGAAUCCGAGCUGCGCAUAAGCAAAAUGUAUCUCCACUUUUACAUAAACGAAAAGGGAGACAAAGUUUACACCACCAAGAAAGAAUCACCCCUUGGGCUGGCCACACAAUCUGCUCACCCAGCUCGUUUUUCUCCCGAUGACAAAUACUCGAGACAGAGAGUGCUCCUAAAGAAGCGUUUCGAAGACAUUCGAAUUCCCCCAGGUUUCGCCUCCCUGACAUCUUUCUCACUUAAAAAGGUUAAAAAUGCGAAUGAUUCUCAGCUCCGCGGGGAAGAAGAAGAAGAAGAAGAAGCUGAGAAGACUUCAUCUCAGAUUGGUUCGGUUCGGAGCGUCUUUAAUGCGGACCUGUAUAAACGGUCUGCUACGAAGAAUAGAUCCUGGAUAGUCGAUGAUCGCGUUGGAGAAGAGCCCAAAUAUGAUUCCGAAAACGAUUUUGAGUGCUUGUAUUCGAGAGGCUAUCUUCCUGAUGGAGUGAUUCGGGGAUGCCCAAGUUGUGCCAAUUGCCUGAAGGUUGUUGCGAGGUGGCAGCCUGAAGAGUCAGGCGUGCCUUUUCUUGAAGAAGCUCCGGUGUUCUGUCCUACCGAAGAGGAGUUCAAGGAUACACUUAAUUAUGUUGAAAGCAUUCGUUCAGUUGUAGAGAACUAUGGAGUAUGCCGUAUUGUUCCUCCUAAAUCAUGGGAACCCCCAAAUUUAAUUGAAAAAAAGAAAACAUGGGACACUUCUAAGUUUUUCACUCAUAUCCAGCGUAUUGAUGAGCUUGGUGACAUGUUUUUAAAGAAAAGUCUUCAUAGAGCUCAUUUGAAGAUGAGGCAUAAAAGGAAACGAAGUUCUGUAAAAAAUUUGGUUUCGGGAUCAUGGAAAGGACACUAUGUAGUGGAUUGCCAAUCAGAAAUAUUUCAAUCUGAAUCUGGACCAGAGUUCACUCUCCAAGGCUUUAAGGAUUAUGCAGAUAACUUCAAAAAACAGUACUUCAGUGAAAGGAAUGUUGAUAUUGACCCAAAUGUUAGUUCACCUCCAUUAAACAAGACAUUCAGACCUUCUAUUCGAAACAUAGAAGUUGAAUAUUGGCGAAUAAUCGAGAAACCUAAUGAAAAAGUUGAGGUGCUCCAUGCAGCUAAUGUUGAUGCUGAAAUCUUUAGAAGUGGGUCUCCAGCUAAACACAAUGGACAGAAGAUGCCCAAGAAUCCUGUUGAUAUACAGUCAGGCUGGAAUUUGAAUAAUACAUCUAUGCUUCAAGGUUCUCUUCUUCGUUAUGAUGCCUGUGACACUUCUUCCAUGUUGCAUCCUCAGCUCAGUAUAGGAAUGUGCUUUUCAUCAACUUUCUGGAAAAUUGAAAAGCAUCAUUUAUACUCGUUAUGUUACAUGCAUUUGGGUGCUCCAAGAAUAUGGUAUGUCAUUCCUCAGCAGUAUUGCUUCAAGUUUGAAGAGAUUGUGAAGAAGCACAUUCCAGAAUCGUCAAAACAUCCUUGGUUGCUUCUAAAUAUUGCCACUCAAAUUUCCCUCUCAACUUUGAUAUCUGAAGCUGGAGAAGCAAUUAAAUCCUUGGCUAAACGUUUGUUUGUUAAAGAUUGUUCUGAUAAUUUGCAAUGGAGUAGUGUCUGUGGGAAGGAUGGAACUCUGACAAAAGCAAUCAAGGCCCGUGUUAAGAGUGAAGGAAUGAGACAAAAGUAUCUAUGCAUUACGCUUCAAACACAAGUAAUGGGGGAGGACUUUGACACUAGCACCAAAAGAGAAUGCGUAACAUGUUAUUAUGAUCUACAUCUUUCUGCGGUUGGAUGUUCAUGUUCACCUGAUAAAUACACUUGCCUUCGCCAUGUCAAGCUGCUCUGUUCUUGUGAAUGGAGUUCUAAGUGCUUUUUUUAUCGCUAUGACAUGAGUGAGCUGGAUAUCAUGGUUGAAGCUCUGGAAGGGAAAGAAAGUGCACUAAACAAAUGGGCAAAGGAAAAGCUCGGAUUAACUCUUCAUUCUUAUGUCUCUGAGAACUAGAGAAAUCCCGUUUCUACAGAUUAAAAAUUCAUGGAUUUCUUCACUCGGAGUUCAAUGUCCAGAGCUUUUGCAAAUCAAGGGGACUCAAAUCCAAAGUUGAUUACUUGAAUUUACACAAGAGCAGAAGAGAAACUUUAUGAAAGAAGCAUCAAUUUGCUAGUUUGAUCCAGCUACGAUGACGAUUAUUACUGCAAGAGUUUUGUGCAUCACUUUAUUUCAGAACACAGAGUGAAUUGCUUCUUGACAUUUUGGUUUGGUGAUGUAAGCAGAGACGUUAAUUGUCCCUCCCCUCGUGGACUGUUAUUCUUCUAAGAAGGCAUUGUGAACAAAUGUAAAUAGUCUCAAGGGGGUAAGACCCGAGUUCGAUUCCUUACAACAGCCUCUUCAAGUACCAUGUUGAUGGAUACAUUCUUUGCCACUGAUCUACGACCAAAGUCUAAUUUGUCUUCUCUAAGUGAUCGUUUCACUGGGUCUGAGCGAGCCUGGGGUUCAUCAUUUUUUUAAUACAAACAUUAAAAAGAAAAUACUCCCGAGUGUUUUUACUGCACUCAACUACUCAAAUGGGCUGUAUGGAAGUACUGCAAUCAAGUUCUUGGACUUUA